CCAUGGCGGGAAGCGAGCCCCGCAGCGGCGGGAGCUCCCCUCAGCCGCACCACAGCGACUGGAGCCGGCUGGAGGCCGCCAUCCUCAGCGGCUGGAGGAACUUCUGGCAGUCGGUGGGCAAGGAGAGGGCAGCGCCGAGGGCCUCCGAAGAGGAGGCGGACGAGGAGGCCAGUACCCUGACGCGGCUGCCGAUUGAUGUACAGCUAUAUAUUUUGUCAUUUCUUUCACCUCAUGAUCUGUGUCAGUUGGGAAGUACAAGCCAUUAUUGGAAUGAAACUGUACGAGAUCCAAUUCUGUGGAGAUAUUUUCUGCUGCGGGAUCUUCCUUCUUGGUCAUCUGUUGACUGGAAGUCUCUUCCAGAUCUAGAAAUCUUAAAAAAGCCUGUAUCAGAGGUCACUGAUGGUACAGUUUUUGACUACAUGGCGGUCUAUAAAAUGUGCUGUCCAUAUACAAGAAGACCCUUGAAAUCUAGCCGUCCUAUGUAUGGAGCUGUCACGUCAUUUUUACACUCAUUGAUCAUUCAGAAUGAACCACGAUUUGCUAUGUUUGGACCAGGUUUGGAAGAACUGAAUACAUCUUUGGUGUUGAGCUUGAUGUCUUCAGAGGAACUUUGCCCAACAGCUGGCUUGCCUCAGAGGCAGAUUGAUGGUAUUGGAUCAGGAGUCAGUUUUCAGUUGAGCAACCAACAUAAAUUCAACAUCCUGAUAUUAUAUUCCACUACCAGAAAGGAAAGAGAUAGAGCAAGAGAAGAACAUACAAGUGCAGUUAACAAGAUGUUCAGUCUACAGAAUGAAGGAGAUGAUCAACAAGGAAGCCGGUAUAGUGUAAUUCCACAAAUUCAGAAGGUGUGUGAAGUUGUUGAUGGAUUCAUCUAUGUUGCAAAUGCUGAAGCUCAUAAAAGACAUGAAUGGCAAGAUGAAUUUUCUCGUAUUAUGGCAAUGACAGAUCCAGCUUUUGGAUCUUCAGGAAGACCUAUGUUGGUUUUAUCUUGUAUUUCUCAAGCAAAUGUAAAAAGAAUGCCUUGUUUUUAUUUGGCUCAUGAGCUGCGUCUAAAUCAUCUAAACCACCCAUGGAUGGUCCAGGAUACAGAGGCUGAAACUCUAACUGGUUUUUUGAAUGGCAUUCAGUGGAUUCUUGAAGAAGUAGAGUCUAAGCAUGCAAGAUGAUCCUCCUUUUAGAUCUUGAGAACUGAAACCAUUUGAAACCUGUUACCAAGGUCCAUGAUGUGGAAAUUUGUUCAGUCAGCUCAUUUUGUCCUGCCUUUUUGCAGGUGGGCUUUAUAUUGGGACAGCUCUAGCUCCUUUGUUUAUUACAUAAUUUUUACUUUUUACCUGAAAUCAAUUAUAAGAAAAAAAACUUUCAGUGCUAGAAUUUAGCCCCAAAAUGAACCCUUUAAGA